CCCGCGCCUCAAACACUUGCCGCGAUCGCUGGCGCGCAGCGGCGCCCCGCGUUGCGCUUGUUCCCCCCUCCUCCGGCUCCGCGGCUCCCGCGCUCUGGGACAGUCUCCAGUGCCCAGCGCGGACCGACGCACCGACGGACCGCCCAGGGAGCCUCGGCCCGCGCCCCCUGCGCAGGCUAUGUGGAUUGCCNCGCCGGGCCCGGCUGGCGGGAUCAGCACAGCCCGGCCCGUGGCACCCGCCACCAGCGGGGACUAUGACCCGGAAAGCGCGGCGCUGCCUGGGCCACCUCUUUCUCAGCCUGGGCAUAGUCUACCUCCGGAUCGGUGGCUUCUCUUCGGUGGUAGCUCUGGGUGCGAGCAUCAUCUGUAACAAGAUCCCAGGCCUGGCUCCCAGACAGCGGGCGAUCUGCCAGAGCCGGCCGGACGCCAUCAUCGUCAUAGGAGAAGGCUCCCAAAUGGGCCUGGACGAGUGUCAGUUUCAGUUCCGCAAUGGCCGUUGGAACUGCUCAGCGCUGGGAGAGCGUACUGUCUUUGGGAAGGAGCUCAAAGUAGGGAGUCGGGAGGCUGCCUUCACCUAUGCGAUUAUUGCUGCGGGCGUGGCCCAUGCCAUCACUGCUGCCUGCACCCAGGGCAACCUGAGCGACUGUGGCUGCGACAAGGAGAAGCAAGGCCAGUACCACCGGGACGAGGGCUGGAAGUGGGGUGGCUGCUCUGCCGACAUCCGCUACGGCAUCGGCUUCGCCAAGGUCUUCGUGGAUGCCCGGGAGAUCAAGCAGAAUGCCCGGACGCUCAUGAACUUACACAAUAACGAGGCGGGUCGGAAGAUCCUGGAGGAGAACAUGAAGCUGGAGUGUAAGUGCCAUGGUGUGUCAGGCUCCUGUACCACUAAGACGUGCUGGACCACACUGCCACAGUUCCGAGAGCUAGGCUACGUGCUCAAGGACAAAUACAACGAGGCCGUCCACGUGGAGCCUGUGCGUGCCAGUCGAAACAAGCGGCCCACCUUUCUGAAGAUCAAGAAGCCCCUGUCCUACCGCAAGCCCAUGGACACUGACCUGGUGUACAUCGAGAAGUCACCCAAUUACUGUGAAGAGGACCCAGUGACAGGCAGCGUGGGUACCCAGGGUCGAGCCUGCAAUAAGACAGCCCCUCAGGCCAGUGGCUGUGACCUCAUGUGCUGUGGCCGUGGCUACAACACGCACCAGUACGCCCGGGUGUGGCAGUGCAACUGCAAAUUCCACUGGUGCUGCUAUGUCAAGUGUAACACGUGCAGCGAGCGCACGGAGAUGUAUACNUGCAAGUGAAUGCGGUCACAGGCCAGAUCACAGGCAGGAUACAGUUUCCCUGCAGGCCACUGCCUGGAUGCUCACAGGGAAAGAACCACAGAAGCACUGUCCUUGUCUUUUCUGCUGAGGGGGAGGGGUAUUCUGGGUUUCCUGCAGACUCCUGUGGGAAGCAUCUCUCAGAGGCCUGCCCAUUCUUCUCUACACGGCUGCUGCUCGGCCACCCUCCCUCAGACACCGCCCGAGCCCCUCCAGGACUGGAACAAAGUUUUCUACGGCAGGAGCUCUGGAGCCUCGGGCCUCGUCAUAGCAAUAUUUAACAGUUUAUUCUGAUAUGAGAUAAUAUUAAUUUAUUUAAUUAAAGAGAAUUCUUCCACUUCGUCGGGAUUCGUCUUCUGCAAUCAAAGUGGACUGCUUGAGGUCCUGGUGGGAUGACUUCCUAGGACUGGGAGCUGAGAACAGCUGUACAUAAUUAUUCUUUAUGCAGAUGUUUCUACUAGUUGAUUUCACAAGUACCCUUCUGCAGCUGGUGUUAAGUACAAAGAGAAGACGGUCUUUAUACACAUAUAGAUAUAUAUAUGCAUACACAUUUGUAACUUUGUUUUGUUUUGUUUUUGCUGUUUGCUGCUACCUAUCCAGACUCUAAGCUGGUCCAGAUCUGGAAUUGUUUUUCUCCGGGACGUGCCCCUAUCCUUUUGCCCUUUACAGUUCAAACCUCUCCUUUAGAAAAGUUCCAUUGGGAAUGGUGUGUGUGAUGGGGUCGAGGAUCACAAAUUCCCAGCAGUUUCCAUCCUGAAACGUGAACCACUGGAUAAGAGGCUUUCUAAGAGACUAUUUUUCUAUGGAUAUUUUAUUUAUAUGGAGUCUGCCUGCGGUGCCCCAUGGCCCAUGCCUCUUCUUAACACUGGUACUCACUCAGGGGCAGGAGGACAAGGCCAGGUGUGUGGGCAGGUCCCUCGGGGACCCUCACACAGCUGGAGCCUGGAGUUCUAUUUGCCAAGGGGGCCAUAGCAGUUACCAGAUGCCUGGGCCGGGGUAUCAUCUGUGUUAAACAAGAGGGAACCAUCCCCUGGCUUUAGCCUGCUAAGCUCAGGGCUUGGAAUGGGGUCACUGGAUGGUUAUCUUGGGAGAUGACCUCGGAAUGAGCCUCUGCGGUGGGUCAGUCAGUGUCUCACACACUUUGGGAAACGUGGGACCUGGCAUUCAUCAUCAGGCAGAGGCCAGCUCAGGGAUGCCGCUAUCCCAUCAGGACAGCCCAGGCACUGCCUCUAGGUGAGGUGUAGUCCUAAGAGAAGGGGUCAGAAAGGAGGGGGAAGGAGGAAGCCAAGGAGUGUUGGCCAUCCUCAGUGAAAGCGAUGGGAGCGUUCUCUCAGCAGCAGAGACACAGCUGUACCUGUAUCUCUCCAAUGGGAAACCCCUCCAGAAGGCUGGGGAUAUUUUUUAUGUGUUUCCACAUGCAUUUUCACCUGUGUGCAUGUAAGCACAUGUGCACACUCCUGUGCCAGCACUCUGAGGCACCUUCAGGGUGCUCAUGGAUACAUGUGCUUACAAUAUCUCUCUGUGCCUGGGAGAUCAGANCAUGUGCAUGGAGCUGUAUGCCUGAGCAUUUGUGGUCCCGGGGGUUAUUUCCAGGUAUCUGCAUUUGUGGGUGGGGUGCAAGGUAGACAGCAGGGAACUGAUUUGAUUGUGUUGAGCCACAGUGAGACUGCAACUCUGAACUCUGUCUCCACAGCUGCUGGUGAAACUCAGAUGCCUGUGAGACCACAGCCCNGAGCCUCGUGGCCUACGUGCUGGGAGCCCCUCAGUGCCUAGGUCAUAUCCAGUCCCCCACCUGGGUUACAUCACGACCAAUAAACAUGGCUGUAUGGCUGAUUUCUUCCCUUGAA